GCAGUACAGCAUUGGUACUCAUGGGCCUGCCUUGCGUGUCAGGAUCCCUCAAGUGCAAGUGUACCACCAAUAGGAGAACUGGUAUUUUUGGAUGGGCUUCUUCCGCGGUCAUCAGUGUGUGCCACCUAGAGGAGAACCGUUUUUUGGAUGUCUUCUUCCAUAGUUACCAGUUGCCUGUGGCUUGACCUUGUCCGAGAGACCUAGUUGCAGUGAUCUUGACAUUUUGCCAGUGACCUUGACCAAGAGACCUGGUGGCAGUGAACUUGACCUAUUCCCAGUGACCUUGACCAGUCAGGAGACCUGCAAUAGCAGCUUUGACAAUGUGUGCAUUGCCAUUGUUCAUCCGCCUAGAACAUACCCGCCGAUGCUGUAGUUGUGUAGGCUUGAAUCGCUUCAUUCUCAAAACCUGAAUAAUUCCUAAAAAAGUGCCAUUCACUUUUGACCAAUUCCAUACGGAUUUUAUGGAAAGAAAUUAAUUUGAAUGUGAAUAUAGUUCCUGUACUGUCCUAGUAGCGUACUAGUAGAUAGAUUCUUUCAUUGGAUUCAUGACGUUGGUCAUCUCUUAGCAACUCUGGACUCAUGGAUGUGUGCCGUUCCCGAAAGACGAGUAUGACGUUGAUGUGGAUACGCUGAAACUGAUGCUUGGGGUAAAUCUGCUGGUCCUGUGCUUGUGAUGAUGCCAAAGUGGAUAACACUGUACUAUCUCUAUUAAACCGGGUAAAGUAAUCCUGCGCGUGAAUACACGGCUUAUGUUUAUUUCUCCCGUCUGUUGCUGUGGUGCACGCACCCUGUGGAAUAAUGCCCGUUAGUGAAAAAGUGCGCCACCGAUUGAAAAUAAAAUCACGUAAGGGAGUACAGGCACAGCAACAGGCACAACAUAACAAGCUCAAACAGGAAUUACAGAAGCAGGCUAUACUUGGUAAGGAGUUUGGGAACCUCAAGAUUUGGCAUGCAGAGGCUCGAAACAAUUCCAACUGGCCGUCCUCGGUGUACCCUAAUGGUGCAAACGGGACGCAGCUGAACGACACUAUCAAUGUCAUCCACAAGUUCUUCUGCCGUGAUUGUCAGUUGAUGGAAGAGAAGAAGAAGAAUAUGGAGCAGAUGCAUGACGAUGAUGAACCAAUCAGUCCAAUCAGUCCUCUAGCCCUCGAUGACCUGUCCAUACAGAAGGUCAUGGAUAAGAAUAAAGAAUCUCUCAAGCGCAAGUUGAUGCUAAGGCGGUCUCGCAAUGAAUUGGUGGAUGCUGGAAUAUAUCCUCCUUUGAAGACCCCACCUGCUUACGCUGAACAAAGAAGACAACUGGAACGAGCCAAGACUGGCGACCUAUUGCGGCACAAAAUCCAGACCAGACCAGACAGGCAGGCACUUGUGGAACAAAACAUAUUACAAGAUUCCACAGCACACCCAUCAAUACAGGAGAAACAGAAGCAGUUGAAGCGGGCACGAAUCGCUGAUGGACUCAACGACCGCCUAUCUCUGAGGCCAGGACCCUUGGAACUAGUCGAAGGCAACAUCAUACCUACUCAGGAACUACAUGAUGCUAUCUUAGAUGGUAAAGUUACAUACACAAAGACCUGCGAAGGUGAGGACCCAAACCGAACAUCGUACUUCUUAUUUGAUGAGGACAGCAUCAGCGAUGGGGUGCCAUCUCCACAGACAGCUGGCGAUAUCGAAAUUGACCAAUCACAUUAUGGCAGUAGUCUAUCGAGUGCAUCAAUUCCAUCUCCACCCGAGAUUCCAUCAUUCCUUCAAAGUGGUCCAGCAUUGCUGCAACAGUUCCAUCUGCAACAACAACAACAACAGCAGCAACAACAACAACAGAAACAACUUCAACAACAACUUCAGACUCAGCCGGUUCAUACGACGACGGUGCUAACGUCCCAGCCCCAACCUCCGUUUAUACAUUUACCAUGCACUGUGUCACCAACCCACCAGCCAUUCACUCCACAGCCUCAAACCACUUCAAUAUCGACACCAUCGCCGACAAACAGCAUAUGUAGCAUUAGCAGCAUAAGCAGUACGACAUCGUCUAAGACUGAAUCGGGCAAUGGUGGCAAGUCGUCGAACAGGAUAAAGAAGCCAAAGCCAAAAGGUUCUUCGAAGACCAAGGUUAUAAAGUUUCACGAGUACAAAGGUCCACCUAGUGUUGUGAAGAGUCAACAGAAUCAGCUGAAUGCGGGAAAUGAGACGCCGUAUCACAUCAUGCUGCAGCAGCAGCAGUUAUUCCUUCAGUGGCAGCUGGAGAUGCAGGCCAAGAACUUACCCUUUAUCUUGCCAUCGCAGAAGCAGUUGGAGAACGCAGCAGCUGCUGCUCAUGCUGCAGCCCAAGCAGCUGCAGCAGCGGCUUCGAGUGCGUCCACCAGCUCGGUGUCAUCUGCGACUGUGUCUAGUACAACCAAAGUCAGUUCAUCACAGAAUAGUGGGAAACCACCGUCAACGUUAGAUGACAUGAAAGUUGCCGAUUUGAAAGCCGAACUGAAGAAGCGAAAUUUGCCGGUAUCUGGUGCUAAACCUCAACUGAUCGAGCGGUUGAAGCCGUAUGCUGAUGUGAUAACGAAUGGUGCAGCAAAGAUGAGUCCUCAAAUACAAAUGCAGUCACCGGGGCAUCCUCCGACACCACAGCAGACGCCACCAAUUCAGCAUCAGCACCAGCAGCAACCACCGCUGCCAUCUCAGCAGACAGUCAUGGUGAUGUCUCCGCAACAUGAGAAUACAUCGUUCCAGCAGACCCUGCAGAGUAUGAACACGAUAAUCGUACAGCCUGUCACUCCAGCCAGUACUGUUGGAGAUGACAGCAUGAGCGUGGCGGGGAAUUGUGGAUCUCCACCAAUGUCACCUGCUACCUCAGACUUGAAUUCAUCAGUGUCAGCCCCGAUGUCCCCGGAGAGUAUGGACACUGGUGCCUAUUUCAAUACCACAAACUCUGUCGCUUCUCUCAAGUCACAAUUCAGUCUGAGUCAAAGCUCAUUGAUAAAGUCACAAGAACCAAUAAGCAGACCCUCAUCGGUUGUUCCAAUGGAAAUGGAGAUGGACUUGGGCACGAGCCAAUCUCACUUACAGACGAGUAUGAACCAGACGAUGAGUCCGGAGGCAACACCAGCUUAUAAUGCAGCUGUUCAGCUUCAGAAUCUAGUGAAUGUUAGUAGCCUGCAAGGUUUAACCCAUGAAGACUUGGUGAGAAUUCAAGCAAGGCAGAUUGAAGAACUGCAGCGGCAGUUGCAGGCCUCGCAGUACCAGCUCCAGAGGAGAGAGGAUGUCGUGCCAACUGCGCAGCCGCCGGUAAAGCAACAGCAGCCGCAGAUUCAACAGCAACAACAGUUCAUUCUGCAGCCGAAUGUGAGCAGCAGUAACGCAGCGGUUGUAAGCCAAGGGCAACUGCUACAGCAGGCUAUACUUGCUCAGCAGGCGCAGCAGGCACAGCAGGCUCAGCAACCUGCAACGUCGCAGCAGAUCCUGAUCCAGUCCCAGCCGCAGCAGGUUCAACCAACGUUCACGCUGUCGGCUUCGUCCACGAGCACCAAAAUGACAACCUCGCACUCGAUGAUGACAUCGCUGCUCCAGAACCAGACGCUUCACGAGAGUUUGAAUAUGGGACAAAGCCAGCCGAAGCUGUUCCAGUUUGCUGCUCAGCCAGUUGUUCUGACUACUAAGGCGGACACGAAGCCAAGGGCUAACACAUCAAUACCGGUCAAUGGAGUCUCCACAACAACUACAACAAGUUCUUCGUCGCUACCAAAUACACCGACCAAGACUGCUAGCAAUAGUAUUCCGAACAACUUCUACUUCCCAACUGAGUUCCCAUUGAAAGAACCACCAAAAUAUGACGAGGCAAUCAAAAAUAAACAGGCUCUGCAACAGCAACAGCAGUUGUUCCAACAGAACCAAGCCACGGCGACGUUCCUUGCAGCGCUGGCAGCAAAUAGUCAACAGGUCGCCGCCAACUCGGGUGUGUCCAAGAGCCAGUAUAUGGAUGACGUGCUGGAGAUACUGAUACGGACUGGGGAAAUGUCUGCAGCCGAGGCACCCCUCACUCCGAAAAUCUGUGUGCCAACGAGUACCAUGCCAGCCUUCUCAAUUUCCACGACAUCACCAAGCAUUUCCUCGGCAACCAGUGCCUUGGCAACACUGAUUAAACAACAGCCACCAGUGUAUACCUCGCACACAACUACAGACUCUCUGACAAACACACCAGUCAAUCUUGUGAUUUCGCCGGCUAAAAGCCCCAGUCCGAGCCCCAGUGUAAAGAGGGAGCCACCUCCUCCACUCUCAAUCAGUUCCUCAAUAAACGCCAAUAGUCCGGCGAGCUCAGAUUUCUAUGAUCAUAUAACAAACGGUGAAGACUUUACCUACGGAAUGGACUGGGCCGGUGAGGAUUCAAAUCUGGACUUAGAUUUGGCGAUGCCUUCGCCUAACCCUCGGACUCCCAAUAACCUAUCUGUGCCAAGAGACUCAGCAAGUGCGUCAAGUGGUAGCGUACAUGGUUCGGAGCCGAAUCUCUCAUCUGUCGGUCUUAGUGACUCUGAGGGUAAUCCUGUGACCAUGAGUAUUGACAUUUCAGAUUGGUUAGAUGUGAUUAUGCCCAAUUCUGGCAAUACGCUAACACCGAUAAGUGCCAAUUUCCCGUCAGAUCCAAUAAUGACGCCGAAACCGGAAGAUGUGCUAGAAAUGUUUAACAUGAAGGAGUCUGACUUUAAUACUCCGACUGACCUGACCAGUGGGAUGAACUGGGAAAAAAUCAUCGAAUCGACAAAAUCCUGAAGAUUGUGAGAAAGUGGUGAUAGACGCCACGGUGGAUUUUCUUGUGUUAUUUGAAUGAUGGGUGCUGAUAGGUAGACCAACAGGAUCUUAAUCGUAUGGGCCAUUGAUAUAAGUAUGACCAAUAGGGACUGACCAGUAUGGACCAAUUAGGUAGCGCUGCUAGUCGGCAGUCAUGUGACACUGUGAUUAGCCAAUGGAUGUAGAGUUAUAUCAAGAAAGAAGGCGAGUCUGGGUGCAAUGCGAGAGUGAAUCGCGAGCGCAGAAUUUGAGAGUUUUAUCUUUCUUGUUUAGAAUGCUGUACAUUGAGCUUUUUUGUAUUGUUGUCAAAUGAUUGACUUGUAGAAUACUGUAUAUGUCUUAAUGUGUGUGAUAAAUUAUGUUGACGAUUUUUCAAGUAGUAUCCGAAUUGGAGUGGUUAGCGCAAACAUCUAGCAGAAUCUCAUCAUUGCCGCCAUUUUAUAGGAACUUUAAAUCGUUCUAAUGUUGAUUACAAAUCAGUGCUACCUGUUCAUAUGGGUCAAGUUAUGAAGUAAGGAGUCAAAGCUUUUAAAAGUUGGUAUAAAUUUGAAUUUUUAGUCCACGCUUAUGAGAUUUGAAUUGCAGUUACGAUUUUGACUGACGUCAUUUUUUUAGCAAAAAUGUGGUGAAGCGUCAAGGUUAGCAUGCUUUCAGUAUGUUGACUUGAAAUGGCUAGCUCAGUUGAUACAGUUCACUUUAGCACCCUGCAACAAGCGAUUUUUGUCGCUGGGACUUGUGAUCAUGAUGGCAUGCAACAAAAAUUGCUCUGCGAUAGUCAUUGUGACAAGUGUGAUGAUUGCAUUAACAUAAGGUCAAUAUCAAACCUUGUGAUUACCAGUUUUAUCAGCAGCUUGACAGUGUAGCGAUUAUUAUUGCUGGUCGCUGCAACAAAAAUCGCUUGUUUGGAGGUUGCUUUAAUACAAAGGCCAGUAGUUCUUUAAAGACAAGAUAUAUCAUACGAUCAUCUGUUUACUCUUAAAUAAAUAUCAACUAUAGAUUCAAAUUUAUGAAAAUGGUGUUAAGUAACUGUUCAGGUGUACAUUUUGUAUUACAUCCGAAUAACAGUGCUGUACUGGACUUAAUGUUUUGCGACGUGAAGAAUUGGCUUCAAAGUGCUGUAACUUCAUGUUGAAGUUGUUUUUGAUAGGCUGUUUAUUCAUGGAUGGACUAAAAAAAGUGUCGGUAAAUUUGAUGAAGUGUUCAGUGUUUGUUUCAAACAUAUUCUUUUUCUCACUUUGGUUUUUCACUGCUAGCUCAUGUUUUGUUGCAAAAUUGAGUCUACCUAACCUUGCUGUUUUCGUUGCUCCGGAACACCCAGAGAGUUCAUUGUAGAUAAGCCUAUUGACUCUAUGAUCUAUAUAUUCAUCCAAUUGUUUAUUAGAUGGCUCCCAAUUUAAUCUGACUUAGGAUAGGAGCAGGCAGUUGGUGAUUUCAGGUGCCAGGAGGCUAGGGUGAUGACAUCACAUGCCAAAUUGGUGGGAAGAUCUGAUAAACUCGACAGGGUGACUGUUGAAAAGAUCAGAGGGAGAAUUGAAAACGGCUAUGGCGCUGGAAAGUCAAAGGCUUGGGAGCUCUGAAAAACCUACCUAUUUUGCUCAGAUUCUGAAAAUUCGUGAUUUCUUUGUAAGACUGUACCAAGGUUUUAUUUCAUGCCGACAGUGCAUGCUCGAUCCACACUGUCUCUUAAUCUAUUCUAGUGAAAAAAUGCAUGACAACUUUAACAAUUGUUGAAAAGCUCUUAAUUUAUUGAAAUGAGUGAAGAAUUUUCGCCCGAAAUCAAAUAGUUUGUCAUCAAUACAACUGCAUAGAUAGGGCUUAUUUUAUGUGUUCAAAUAUGUAAUUAACAAUGCUUUUUGACAGAUUAUAUUAUAUUGUCAAGUACACAAUGUCUGUCGAUUCUUAUAAAAUUUUGAAAAUAUAUCACUGGUGUCCAUCUGCAGGGGUUGUUCAAGUGGUGUGGGGAAACGUCAACUCUGGUCUGUUUUUGAUGGGUCCAUAUGUUGCGGAUUGUUUUACUUUAGCGUAUAUAUAUUUGGACCAGAUCUGGCUUUACCCAGCAUUGCUUGACAGGUUUUGUUCACAAUUCAAAAAAGAAAUGUACCAUUUUGGGUAAAAGGUACAGUACAUUCUGAAAAAAAACAGAUCAUUUCAGAGCUCCAUUCAACAACUUGUCUUUAUGUUCUGCACUUUCAUUUCUCUUUUGCCCUGUUGGUGGCAGCACCAGUGCAUUCUCGCAUGACCAUCCCAGUUUGCUUGGUGUAUUAGCACAACAUAUUGUUUGACAUUCCAGAAUGUUUUCUUAUUUUCAUGGAUCAUUUGCUGUUUUCCCAAAUGGUUUUUUUCAGAGAGUAAUAAAGUAAUAUAUAAAGUAACAAAAGUACAGUGUAAUGCUUAGCUUGAAAAGCUUUGGUAUAAUAAGGGCGUAACAUGCAAUAUAUUAUCUUAGAUAUUUAUACUUAGACUGUUCCCAUUACUUGAUGCAGGGGGCGCUAGUGCCUGUGAGUGUGGCAUCAAAUGACGGAACUGAGUCUAAUUUAUACUACUAUGUGUAUUGUAGUCUUUGUGUCCAGAUCGCCCCCUUUUGACCGUUGAUAAACCAAUCUUAUGCCUAUGCAUUUAAUCUCUUGACAUAGUGCUCACUUUCUUAUAAAGCUUUCAUACGUCGUUAGAUUUUUUAGUCAGGUUGUUUCCACCCUGCGAUUUUUUUCUCGUGUUAAUACAGAAAGUUUUAUGUUAAAUAUGUAAUAUUGUAAGUACUGUACAUUGACAUGUAAAUAACACUGAAGGUAUAGCCCUGCUUUAUAGGUAGAGAAUUUUUCCACCCGAAAAGUUACGUAGAUAAAAAGGGUUUUUGUAGAAAUGACUUGUUAACACUGAAGGCAUCAAGGACUGGAAACUUUAUUGCUGUCUCGGAUGACAGGGGUUUUGGGGAAAUGUUGAUGGUAUUUUUUCGGCAUUCUCUUUGUGAUGGUUCACAAGACUGGCACCUCUGCUUCCAGAAAUAUUUCAUGGUGAACAUUAUCUUAUACUUGGCUGGGUUAAUAUGGUGCUACACUUUGAAUGUUUGCAAAAGAAAGUGGAGUUCUGAAAGUUGUGUGUUCUUAAGAAAAUACCUUUAAAUCUUUUUUGUAGCAUCAGAAUUGUGGAAGAAGGUCAUUUUAGAAAUGUAAACUUGGCUGGAGAGUUGCAUUGAUAAGGCAGUAUGAUAUCAUGUGCCACGAUUCACUUGAUAAAAUGUGUAAUAUUGGACAGCAGAGAAGUAGAAGGUGUCACCCUGAACCUAGAAACCAGGAGAAAUGCCUUGUACGUUUGAUCAAAUACAAAUUUGCCAGGUUAUCAGAAGAACUUUUGCAAACUAAGAAUGAGUUUGGGUCAGAAAAGGGAAAUAUUAAAAAUGCUACAUGUAUCUGUGCUACAUAUGCCACAUUGUCGUGUGCUACAUUGUGAAGUCAAGAUUUAGCAUGAAUACUGGAUUCAAACUGGUCUUGAAGUUUUGUGUACUGUGAUGAUAUUGAUAACAGUGGUGACAUUUGUAAUUUUGAAAAUGCUGGCCUAUGUUUGAAACCUGCCUGGGGACUUCCCCGAUCCUGCAGAGCAACUCAUUAUUUAUCAUGCUAUGCGCUGUAACACCUUUGACUAACUUAACAAUGAAAGUAUGGGAAAUUAUUGGUUUAAAGUAGAAUUUGAUGCCUCUACCUCCAGUCAAACUUAUUAUAAACACUUGAUUCUUUGCAAAAUCCAUGAUGUUAUGUCAUUGCCUCGAAUGACGUCGUAGAAAGCCGUAGUCAACUGAAUGAGACAGAGGAACAUGUUGAGGUGAAGUGGUUGAAGUCUUUUGUUUAGAAGUUACCUCUUGUGGUCACAUUGAAAUGUUGAUAUCGCCUUCAGAUACUAGCACAUAAUCUUGGGAAGCGCUGUAUGAACUGAAUUAAUAGUUUUUCGUGGAUGACAAGCAGUAUUGGCACUUGUUUUGUGACAUUCACUUUGUAAUGCUGGACAUUGUUGUUUGAAGGUUUGUUGGUUAUAAUUCUUAUCUGGUUGAUUGUUCAUUUGGAAUACUUGGGUGACAUUGUCGGCACCUUUUUGUGCUUACAAUAUACUAAACUAGAGAAGGUCUGGGGAACAUGGUCUUAAUGUUUCAGAGAGACCGCAGACAGCAGAUGGUUGAUUUUGUUUCUAGUGACUUUGUUAUAUUUGAGCAGUACAUGUAGCAUCAGUUAAAGAGAUUUGAUUAAUCCUGCUUUGUCAAGAUAUUUAUUCAAGAUAUUUGAGUUGGUAGAUUCGUAAAAAUGAGAAGAUUUAUACUUUUGUCAGAUUUUUAAUUAGCUUUUCAAGGUCUAAUCAGUUUUUGCCAAAUGAUACCAGUUUUAAUAAAAUAAGCCACUUGGUGCACAUAUAUUUGCUAUGUCAUUCGAGUAGUGGGUCCAAUUUGAAACGUGGCUACCACUUUAUAAAGGCCUGCUACAGGAACUGUUCAGUGCACAAAGUCAUUUCUGUUGUAAAUCAUACUAAUCACAACUGGUUGUCUGUGCUUUUGUGCAGUUUCAAUGGAUGCAAAUAUGCAAGUGGGGUAAUUGCAAUCUUUGUCAAUUCUGGAUGCUGUUUUGAAUUUUGUUAUCUCCUGAAAGUCAUCUGUAACACUAACAUCAUCAUAUUGGUUGACCUGGUGAAAAACUGUCUCACUAUUGUCUUGUACAGAAUGAUGAACAAAUGUAUUGACUAUCAGAAGCCAAAUUAUGAACUAACUUAUAUGACUACAUGAUUUGACAAAAAGAGAUUAUCUGGACUGAUUUGGAUUAGAGAACUAGAUGAAAAUAUCUUUGAGAAUUGUAUGAAGAGAAUUCUUUGAACAUGUUUCGUUUUUGUGGGUAAUUGGUGGACCACCUUUAAACCACCCACAAAAGGUUUCUUGAUUGUAUGAUAACCAUAACCGAGUUUACAUAGAACUCACGUGGAACGUGGCAUGUUUCACAUGUAACAUUUCACGUGUCAACUGAAGAAUUAACAGGUCAUGUCCAAUGCACAUGCUACACAACCAUAACCAAGGUUACAUGGAGGUCAAGGGAACCAUUUCACGUGUGAACUAAAGAAUGAACAGGACGUGUCCAAUGCACAUGCUUCAGAGCAGUUCACGUGUCACUUCAAAAUUGUUCACACUUAAACCAUGAUAUGUGAACCAUGAGAUUGGUCGAAUGCACGUGAUACUACCCUGGGGUUGAUUUGUUAAUGAAGCAAGUAAUGGUGCUGUUGUACAGUGCAUGUUUUGGAUAAAUGUGCAUCCUAUUUUGUCAACUGGGCAGGCACUUGUAAAAUAUAUCAAUAUUCCACAUAGUGUCAAGUGGUUUUAGACUUGUGUGCCAGUAAAACCAGAAUUUUGCUACUAGAUGUUCAGAAAUCAACUGUUUGGUGGUUUUCUAGUAUUUGGGUUAUGAUGUCAUACACGUAUGUAAUGAUCAUUAGAAUAGUCUAAUCAGACCGCGCCUUUCUGUACGUUACUGUAAAAUCGGACUUGAGUGCCCAUGUUCACUACUGUAAAAUCUGACCUGAGCUACCCUCGGAAAUUGUUCCUACCUUGAAGGCCAGAAGACCAUCCAGGCCGCGAGCGGUUACCCUUUGCUUAUGAAUCAACGGUCAAGACAUAAAAUAUGUCUACUAUGGCAGCGCAGAUUUGAAUAUAAACAAAAUUCUAAGUAGAACAACAGAAAAAAAUCAGUUUUGUAUGAUUUCUGGGACAAAUGUCUUCGUAGAAGAUAAACUGGCAAAUGGAUGUGCCGUCCUCAAGUGGUUGAAAGUGUUAAAUGGAACCCUAGUAACUCUAAUAAUUAUAAUACUCUGAUAAUUUUACCUUUAAAUAAACCUAAACAACCUGCUUUCUGUGAUCAUGUAUUAAGGUAUUGUGGUAUCAUUCAUAAAAAGUAAUGUCCAGGUUGUUGUGUGAGCGAAUUCUUCAAACUGCCUUUUCGUCCCAAGAAGUUCAGCCUCAGUUUUGUACCUUUCUCUAAUAGUUUUCCAUCCUUCAUGUAUUGGGUGUAUUUGUGAGACAGUGUUAACACGGACUGAUCAUGUUCUUUGUAUAUAGUAUUUUGGACAUGUGAAUUUAUUAUGUAUUUGCAUCUGCUGGAUAUCAAAUGUCUAGAAUAAAGUGAAAUCACAAGUGCUUGAUGCCAAACAAUAAA